AUGAGGUUAUCAAAUAUAGGAAAUCCUGUAAUAUAUAACAAGUUCGUAAACUCAUUUUGCAGUACUCACAAUUUCGUCUUAGUUGAAAAGUAUGGUGGCUAAAAUACUCAUCGUCACUCUGGCUGUCUGCCUAUCCUGCGCUCUAGGCACCCCCUAUGGAUAUGGAGAAGACAGAGGAGGCUAUGGAAGAGGGGGCGGAGGCCACGGAGGAGGUGGUGAUUUUGGAGGUGGCUCAGGAGGAAGGUUAGGACAAGGAGGUUCAUCGGGAGGUGGAUUCGGACCCGGAGGAAGUUCUACUGGACAUGGUUCAGGAGGAGGCUUUGGGGCUGGACAAGGGGGAGGAGGUGGCUUUGGAGGAGGCUUUGGUCCUGGCUCAGGAGGUAGCGGAGGUCACAGGCAUGGCUCAGGAGUAGGUUGUGGUCCUGGAUUAUGUGGUAGCGGAGGACAUGGUGGUGGAUAUCCAGAAGGCAGUUUUGGUGUAGGACCAGGGAGCAGUGGAGGGCAUGGCGCUUUUGGAGGUCCUGGUGGCGAUAUAGGAUUUGGAGGAGGAUCAAGGGGCGGCGGCUACGGAGGUGGUACUGGUGGAGGCCCGGGAGGGGGUUAUGGAGGGCACGCAACUGGAUAUAGAAAACAUGGUUACUGAUUUUUGUUUAUGUUUUUUGAUCUAUUUUUGCAAUAAUAA